AUGUCCCAAGCCCUACCCGACUACUACGCCGUCCUCGAAGUCUCCCCUACAGCCACCGUCGACCAAAUCAAGACAGCCUACAAGAAAGCCGCCCUAAAAUGGCACCCAGACAGAGUCGCCCACGACUCCCCCGAACGAGCAACACGCACGAAGAAGUUCCAGGCUAUCAACGAUGCAUAUUACACCCUAUCCGAAACCACCAGACGCAAGGAGUAUGACCAGGCUAGACAAUUCCACACCGCGACUGGUGGUGCGUCCUUCGCGGACGACGACGAAGACUUUGACGACGAAAUCCCUCGCACCAGCACGGGCGGCGGCUUCCCGUGGAGCUGGUUCACCGGCAAGGGGCAACCUACACAUGACGCCGCAGACGACUUCUCGCGGAACCAGUUCCAGCAGCCGUUCGAGGAGAUGAUGAAUGCCGCUGGGCUCAGUGAAGGUGAUGGGAAUAGACCUACCGGGCGGUUUUGGAGUCUGGUCGGCACUGCUGCUGGUGGUGCGCUGGGCUUCAUCGUUGGCAACUUUGUUGGAGCGAGUGUUGGCGCUGUGGCAGGGAACAAGUUGGGUGGUAUUCGUGAUAAGAGUGGGAAGAGUGUCUAUGAGGUUUUCCAGAGUCUGGAUCAGAGUGAUAAGGCGAAAGUGUUGUCGGAGUUGGCGGCCAAGAUCUUUCAGGGUGCUAUAAGCUGA